ACUUACGUACCAACGGCUUCGGGCGGAUGAGUUGGGUAAGUGGUAGGGCACUCUUUUGUCCUAGGGUUGGGAAACUGGCCCUAAAGGCGGAUGAACCGAGAACUAGGUCAACGGCGUAAGGAUGUAGAAGGCAAGGAGAAACCACUACAUUAAAGAUCCAUAUGGAUAUCUCUUGUACAUCUAUCAUGGCUACAGCUUUGAGAGUGAAGACUACUGAUCAUGUAUAUCGGAGUGCAAGAUCCGGCAGGAGAGGAAUAACAACACAGAACCAUGGGGCCUCCCAGGUCGUUAGCAAGCGAAACCCCCAAGUAAAAGGAAAGGAUACGCCUAGAAAAAUUAAGCAGUUUAUUAAAGUAUGCACCUGGAACGUCAAGACCAUGUACGAAGCAGGCAAAAUUUAUAAUGCCAUCCAUGAAAUGGAAAGACUGAAUAUCGAUAUAAUGGGCAUCAGUGAAAUGCGAUGGCCUGAUGCCGGAAAAUGUCAAAUAAACGAGCACCAAGUAUAUUACUCUGGAAAUACAGAAGGUCAACAUAAGCAUGGCGUCGGAGUAAUUUUAAAUAAACAAAUAAAAAAAUACGUUACGAAUUUUGUUCCAAUAUCCGAGAGAAUCAUGCUCAUUGAAUUGGAUUUAUUCCCAGCAAAAACCAACAUAAUCCAAAUAUACGCACCCACAGCAGACAAAUGAGACGAAGUAAUAGAGGCUUUUUAUUACGAUUUAAGGAAAGUCCUAAGUAAGUUAAAAACCAAUGAAGUAACGCUAGUUAUGGGUGACUUUAAUGCCAAAAUCGGUAAGGGUAGUUAUGGUGAAGUAGUAGGUUCAUGGCGUUUGGGUGAGCGAAAUGAGAGAAGAGAACGCCUACUCACAUUUGCUACGGAAGAAGAGUUGGUAAUCACCAAUACACUCUUCAAAUUACCAUACAGAAGGUUAUACACAUGGCGCUCACCCGGUGACACGCCAGAAAAUCUCAUAAGAAACCAGAUUGACUAUAUUUUAAUAAAUAAAAGAUUCAAAAACUCUAUAACAUCAGUGAAAGCCUACCCUGGUGCAGAUAUUAAGUCAGACCAUAACCCACUUGUCGGUAAGUUUCGUCUGAAAUUUAAAAAAAUCCACAAACCUAAUCCUAUAAGAUACGAUCUCAAACAACUAAGAGAUGAUGACAUAAAGCAAGAAGUACGGGAAUAUCUGAAGAACAACAUAUCCAAGUUAGAAGUAGUUAAUGAUGUUGACACAGAAAUAAACCACUUAGAAAACAUUGGGAAGGAAAUAUUAGACCAAUACCUGCGACCGAAAAAGACAGAAAAGAAAAACCCAUGGAUGACCGACGGUAUAUUACAGAUGAUGGACAGAAGAAGAGAAUCCAAGCGGAAAGACUACGUUGCAUAUCAGUUUCUAGACAAAGAGAUAAAAAAAGCUGUCAGAGAAGCUAAAAACAGAAAUCUGGAAGAACAGUGUGAAGAAAUCGAGAUGUUGGAACGUAAACACGAUUCCUUCAACCUCCACAAAAAGAUCAAAGAAGCAGCAGGCAUCUAUAAAUCAAAAAGGCAAAAAUGAAAAGAAAUUGAAAUAUUUAUCAGAACCUUUAAGCCCAUCAGAUUAGAGUGUAUGGUGGAUAGGGGCAACAGAUCGGUAAUAGAGUCUAUACAAUAGAAUCUAUAAUUUAUAAAAUAUUCUAUAGAAAAUCUAUCCUCUUCUAAGGCUGCAGAGCAUUAGACUAUCAGAGAGCACUUAAUAGAGCAAAAAUACGAUAAACUAUAUAUCUAAAUUAAGUAGCUCUAGUAUGAUGAGCGAGAUCUUAGAAUAAAAUUAGCCACCUGCCACCUGUAUUAUAUAGGUAUGCCUAAAAAGAAAAAAUCUAAACAGACAAUCAAUUGUCCAAAGCACAAGCACAGUACAAGGUAGGGAUAUCCUCCAAAGGGUCUCUAAAUUUUUAGGACGCGUUUUUCACUACCUACCAUUGGACCAUUUAUACAGGGUGUCCCAUAAUUAAUUGGAUAUUAGCUAAUGGGUGAUAGAAGACAUCAAAAUACAUAUUAAGAUUUAACCAAAAUCGCUUAAAUAAAAUAUGGCUCCUUACUGAGUUACAGGGUGUUUUAUUUAAAAAUUUAAAAAUUAUUUUUGCUCACUAUUUUAAAACUAUUCGACGUAUCCUUUCAUACGUGGCAGAAAGUGUAGGUAUUAUACACCCUAUGAAAUUAUGAUAAAUAAACGUUUCUGGCUACUACCAGUGACGUACGACAGGGGACUGCGAAUGGUUGACCCUUCCCAAAUUCUACGCCACUGGCGGAAUUGCCAUUUUACCGCAAUUUUUCGAUUCUCCAAUACUCUCUAUGUAAAUAACGUACUCUUCACUCGUAACGAUAAAGACAAUAGUUUUCGAGAUAUUUGAA